AUGGUCCAACCUUUUCCCAUUUACCUGCCUCGGCAGAGGGAGUUGAUCGCCGUUUGGGUCGUUCUGCCUAUGCUUUCGAAUUUUAUCGUUGGCCUUAGGUUUUAUGCCAAGACGAAGACGAGAGGCGCUUAUGGGUGGAGCGAUUGGAUGAUCAUAGCAUCUGCUUUUUUCACAGAUCUCUUUUUUGUUUUUCUUAUUCUUAUGCUUAUAUACGGAGGCAUCGGCAUUCCUGGAUAUCCAUAUACCAGUACCACGGAGCCAACUGAUGUUUCGUUGAUCCACGAUCAGAUCGGCUGGGCAAACAAUGUCGUCCUCGUGCUCGCAGUCUACACAUGCAAAGCUUCUAUUCUUUUUUUAUAUCACCGAGUCUUCAAAGGUCACAAUGGCCCAAUGAAGAUCAUCAUCUACGUGGCAUCGGCUGUUACUAUGAUAUGCUUCUUGGGGAGUUUCAUCGGUUACCUUGUAGCCGUACGACCCAUCGAGAAGUGGUGGGCAUGGGGCGAUGCCACAGCAGAACAAUUCCUGGCGAUGGCGAAUAUUAACAUCGCCUAUGACGCCCUGACAGUCUUUACUGACUUCUUGAUUUUUGCACUCCCGCUCAAGUCAAUCUGGGGGCUGAAUAUGAACCGCGGGAAGAAGAUCAGCAUCAUUAUAUGCUUUUGCUUCGGCUUGAUUACCUGUCUCAUUUCUCUGGCUCGCGUUGUCUUCACAAGGGGUUACCAAUGGAAGGACCUCUAUGACGAGGGAACCGUAUGGUCCCUUGCAGGUGUCGAGCCAGUGGCGGGAAUCAUCUCGGCAUGCCUCCCCGGCUUGCGUCCACUCAUGCCCAAGACACUCAAGAUGUCCUCUUAUGGGACUUCAGCCAAGCCAAGUAGAUUCAGGACUGGCGGUACCACCACGACAGAUAAUGCGAAGCGCAGCACCAUCAGGGAUCCUAACCCAUUCACGGUCCUAGGUGAUGAUAGCUCGGUGACCGAGUUCCGACACGUUGUCAGAGAGGUUCCUUCAAGGUCAGAGAUAAGCGAUGAGUAUAUUGAACUGGAAGAGCGGCGACCAAAGGCUUUUGAUGCUUAG